AUGCACAAGUACAUUGAUUCAGCUCUAGAAGGUAUUCUAAUCAUGUCGAGGAAGAUGCUGAUUGACGGAGAUUUGGAUAAUCUUUCUGGAGAGAAUGAUUACGAUUUUGAUCUGUUCGUGAUUGGUGCUGGCAGUGGCGGGGUUAGGGCAUCCAGAUUUUCAGCUCAGUAUGGAGCUAAGGUUGGGAUUUGUGAGCUACCAUUUCAUCCAGUCAGCUCAGAAACCAUAGGGGGCGUUGGAGGAACGUGUGUGAUUCGUGGGUGUGUUCCUAAAAAGAUUUUGGUCUAUGGAGCAACCUUUGGUCCUGAAAUUCAGGAUGCAAAAGAAUAUGGAUGGAAAGUGAACGAUAACAUUGAUUUUGAUUGGAAAAAGCUACUUCACAAGAAGACUGAAGAAAUAGUGAGGCUAAAUGGGAUAUACAAACGCCUACUUUCAAAUGCAGGAGUCAAACUUUUUGAAGGAGAGGGUAGAAUUGUGGGCCCCAAUGAAGUGGAAGUGAUCCAAUUGGAUGGAACUAAACUCUCCUAUUCAGCAAAACACAUACUCAUAGCAACUGGCAGCAGGGCACAACGUCCAAAUAUCCCUGGACAGGAGUUGGCUAUAACCUCAGAUGAGGCUUUGAGCUUGGAAGAGCUACCAAAGCGUGUAGUUAUACUUGGAGGAGGGUAUAUUGCUGUUGAGUUUGCUUCAAUUUGGCGUGGGAUGGGGUCCACUGUGAAUCUAAUCUUCAGAAAGGAACUUCCUUUAAGGGGUUUUGAUGAUGAAAUGAGAGCUCUUGUUGCCAGAAAUCUUGAAGGAAGAGGCAUAAUUUUGCAUCCACAAACAAAUAUAACACAGUUGGUGAAAACUGAAGAUGGUAUAAAAGUUACCACAGAUCAUGGUGAAGAAUUAAUGGCAGAUGUUGUACUUUUUGCCACUGGACGUGUACCUAAUACCAAGAGGUUAAAUUUGCAAAGUGUAGGGGUUGAAGUUGACAAAACAGGAGCAGUGAAGGUGGAUGAAUUUUCUCGCACUAAUGUCCCUAGCAUUUGGGCCAUAGGUGAUGUCACAAAUCGAAUGAAUCUCACUCCUGUUGCCUUAAUGGAAGGAACUUUAUUUGCUAAAACCGUAUUUGGUAACGAACCUAGCAAGCCAGACUACAGCAACAUACCUUGUGCCGUUUUCUGCAUUCCACCUCUCUCUGUUGUGGGACUAAGUGAAGAACAGGCUAUAGAGAAAGGUGAAGGAGACAUUUUGAUUUUCACAUCAACAUUUAAUCCUAUGAAAAACUCCAUUUCUGGGAGGCAAGAGAAGACACUCAUGAAACUUAUCGUCAGUGCUGAGACAGAUAAAGUUAUUGGUGCGUCCAUGUGUGGGCCCGAUGCAGCAGAAAUUAUGCAGGGUAUUGCUGUGGCGAUGAAGUGUGGAGCAACAAAGGCACAAUUCGAUAGCACGGUGGGGAUCCAUCCAUCAUCUGCAGAGGAGUUUGUUACCAUGCGGUCAGUCACACGGAGGAUUGCUGCCUCUGGUAAACCAAAAACCAACCUUUGAAAAGGUUUGACCAUGUCUUUGACUUGGUUGCUUUUUCCUCACAACUCCACAUCCAUGGAAAACACAUAUGGGGUAUACUUUUGCUUCAUUUUAUUGUUGGCAUAUAAAUAAUGUGGAUGUGUUUUUAUCAAUUUCUUGGGUCAUUUGGAUAAGAUUUUGAACAUGGGGGUGAUGAGUUUUGGGGAGCAAUGAAUUACUUUUGUUGCAUGAAGUACAAGUUGCUAUGCUUGUAAGAUUUGGAGUUCAAGGAAUAGAAAUGGAGUACAUUGGUAUUGAUGAUUAUGUUUGCUUUACAUGUGUGCAAAUAGAUUUUUUAAUGGAAGGGAA